AUUAGUCCAUUAACAGCGAGAAGAAGCUCUACUAAAGCGCUUUCCAACUCCAAAUCAACCAAUAGUUACUCACAAUGUCGACUGCAUUAUCAUUACCAGACUCAGUUGUCAAGUUAUUAAAAUCUACAAGGUUUGUUCAUUUGGCAACUUGCAAAGACAACUUUCCACAUGUAUCUUUAAUGAAUUAUACUUACUACAGUAAAGAAAAUGAAUAUUAUAUUAUCACCACCUCACCAAAGAAAACUACGAAAUACGAAAAUAUAAUUUCUAAUCCAAAUGUUUCAUUAUUAGUGCACGACUGGAUAUCAGCCAGGAAUCCUGAUGAAUCAACUUCAGAUUCAGUUGCUAAUAAAAGACGUAACUCGUUAUAUGAGUUGUUGACUAAUUUGAAUAAAAGCGAAAUAAGCAGUGUAUCGGUGAUGAUUAAUGGUAAAGCAGAAAUAUUGAGUCCUCAUACUGACCUUGAGAAAUUCAAUUUUUUCAAGUCAUUACAUUUGAAUAAUGAUUCAAUUGACGCAAUUCAAUCUAAAAACUAUAUUGAAAGUGAAGAUAUUGCCUUGAUCUUAAUUAAAGUUAGUAGUGUGAAAGUUACUGACACUAAUGAUAAUGUUGAAAGUUAUUAA